CCGGUUGUGAAGCAAAACUAUUAAGCUUAGUUUUAAUGUCGGGGACGUGUGAUUUAAUACUUUGCUUUGGUCAAAUAAAUAUGUCAUUUAACUUUUGAUCAGAGUUGCAGGGUUCAGUUCUGCAGAAAUUAAUGAUCGGGAAUCUGUAAAAUGUCAAUUUAAGUAUGCGGCAAGGGCACGACCUUUCAACUUCAUUCGUGCAUUAAAUAAUGCUCUUUCUUGGGUGAAAAGGCUAACUAAACCAAUUUAUAAUGUUGCAACGGUUAUUUCAGGAGGCGUCACUCAUGAGGACGGUUUUGUGUUGCGUUAAAUCACGCAUGGUAACAAAAGCACCUCUGAUUUUGGUUUUAGCCGGUCUCACUUUCCGAUCGUGUGCUAGCCACAACUGUGCUCAAAACCCCCCUAAAACAUCUCAGCGCACUGUUGGAAACGUUAACGUGCAAGUUUAACUAUUGAGAAUUCUCCAUAAUCUGAUUUCAGCCCCCCAAAAAUAGUUGGACGACAACAACAACGAAGGUAUUUUGACAAAUGUUGGCAACCAAGAGGCUGAAGGUAGCCAUGAAACAUGAAAGUUUUUAUUUUUAGGCGAAAUCAAAUUCCUGCUAAUUCUGCUAGAUUCAUAUGUUUGAUUUUUAGAUGCUAUUUUAGUUUAGAUGUUAUAUGCGACGUGUAUGUAUUUGAGUCGGUCACUUCAAGACGAUAUUAAAGAUAAGCCAUGUAUCUCUGUCUCUCCUGCUCUCGGAGUCGUGAGGCACGGGUCAGCACACGAAGGAUGUUUUCCCUCUGUCUCCUCAUCUCUUAUCAGCAGAAGCUAGAGGAUAUCUCACGACGUGAUCAGGAAAAAGGGAACACGUGAUUUUGUGGCGCGCACGGCUAGUUAUAGACGAGUGCAGUUCGGAUGAGAUAACCACAGUGGUUUAUCCUGGGGGUUCGAGGUCCUGGACCACCUUUAUUAACCUGCUGGUGAUGGUGGUGGUUAAAACGUGAUUCUUUUUCGUAAGACCGAACAUGGAGCGAUGACUCCGUCGACUUUGCAUAGUCUCCUUCAACCCCGUCCUUCAACGAAUGAAUGGUCCGCGGCCAAAAAGACCCCCGACCUGUUAUUCUGCAAAGAAGUUGUCCUUUCCCUUUAACAUUUCAUACACGUCGCCCAGCGUUUUAAGCGUUUCGUGGAAGUUAUACGUUCGAGCAGCUUAAAAUGAGGAUUCCUCACCGCGCUCCCUUCGGCGAUAGUCUGCGCGCGCGCUGUCAGCGGUGGCGGGAAGCGAGCGGCGCGUCGUCCUUAUUCUACCUUGAGAAAAGGACGCAAAACCCCACGAAACCCGUUUCCAGGUCAACAUGGGGUUAGGCUCGACAUUCGUUACGAUCUCGAACGCGCUCGCUUCGAAUCCCCCGGCACGCAAAAUGAACGCGCGUGUUUGGAGCUGGUGAGGAAAAUGCUGACGCGUUGACGUUGCAUUUGAUCGGUUCGCCAGCGCGUCUGACGCGUAGACCGCUGAGGGAUCUUUGUUACUCUUAAGGACUUUUUUUUUUUACUCGAACUCGAACGAUCGUCGCAAAUGCCUCGCUUGUGGAGACGCUUUCUCGGAGAGCGACGUGACUUUGGAUUUUUUCUAUAUUACGAGACAUUAAUCAAAACGACGCGCGGGCCACGACAGUAGCCCCCCGAGGGAUUUUUCGUACUCUUAACGACUUUUUAUGGACGCGGACGAUUGUCGCCAGGAUCGUGUUUGUGUGGAAAUACUUUUCUAGGGAACGCUGUAUUGUGAACGUUCUGAACAGACGGAGGUAUGUUUUUAGCCUUAUACUCAAAACUCCUACCACACUGCACCAUUUUUGCAAACGUUUGUUUGCGUUAUUUUUCUUAUUAAACGAGGGGAUGCGACUUGCCUCUAGUUCUGUUUAUCAAACGCACCCCGUUCGUGCGAUACUUUCUUGCGAACGUUUUGGUUAGGAUGAAAGGUGUUCAUUUCAAUGACGCGUUUCACGUGUUACAGAAUAUUCCUUACAUCUCUUUGCGACUUUUUACGGACGCGAACGAUCUUCGCACGCGUGGAAUUUGGGAACGUUCUGAAUAGAAUGCGGCGCGCUUAUUAUCCGUGCGCAACGCUCGCACUGCAGAACGUUUAGUUCUAUUUUAUCGUUAAAGAAGAGAGCGCGGCGCUCGUGCGAUAGCCCAGCGAAUUUGGGAACGAUGUGAAAUCGCGUGUAUGAUUCUACAGCUGCGGUUCUAUUUCCAAAUCAUUUAAACGUUUGCGAAUCGCAAACCGGGACAUUCAUGUAAUGGGAAACUGAACGAGACUUCAGCAAGAGUUUGGCGCAACUGCACGCACUGGUGAUGCCGGAGGUCACUUCCACCAGAAGUGACAGGCUAACAUCCAAAGGCAUUAUGUUUUUAUGCAACACCACAGCCAUCAAGGACUGGAGCUAUUUCCUCUCUCAGAUCUUGCCCCUUGUGAAUAAAUCGGCCGGAUUUGUUCACCAGAGCAUGGACCGGGUGGAGGCGGUGACCAGCACCAUGGUGACGGCUCUGGAGCCCGACCUGAGCGGGAUGAGCGCCAGUCACCCGCCGCUCAACUCCAAUCACACGUCCGGAAUGGAGCACGUUUUUCAGUACUCGUACUCCGAGAGUGACCUGCAGUACACAGACUACAGGACGCCUCCGAGGGACUCGAUACCGCUGCCCAAGGCGGUGCUGUAUCUGGUCAUGGCCGCGCUGGUGGUGGUGGCCGUGGCGUACGCGAUCGUGGGGCACCUGGUGAAGGAUCUCGUGCACGAGUUUGUGGAGUGGGUGUUUGGGCCCCGUUCGGACAACCGCAGGAACAAGAGCGAGGUGAACUGCAUCAGCAGCGGCAUGAACGAAAUGAGCGAACUCUCUCGUCCAGUGGACACGCGCUGCGUCGUGUACAAUCACUCCGACUGCCCGAGCGCCAUCAAGCCGGAAGAACUGGUGGUCACCAUCGAUGAGACCUUGCAGCUACCUCGUGAAGCACACAGUGGGACCUAACCGAGUCCAAACGAUCCACCCGUCCGAUCCAGCCCUUUAUUACGAGGAGAAAAGCAUGUUUGCUUUAGUUUGAUCAGCACCUGUGAUGUUGAAAGCCGGCGUGUUGAAGUCACACGGCAGAAGACUUAUCCUGGAAUGAGGAAAACCGAAGAGUCUGGGAGACUUUAGAAGGAAUAGAAUCACUUUAAAGUACAUUAAAUGUUCCGUAUUGGAGUGCUGUGAGACACUUUAUAUUUUCGAACCGAACAGAGAAAGAGAAAAGACACUUCUUUGUCAUUCAUAUCUGUCUUGUCACACAAUAUUUUGGUUUAUUUUUCUUGUUUUGUGGAGACAUGCACUGUGAAUCUAGAAUAGUGUUCUGCUGUUAUCCAUUUCUGUACCUACAACCUGCUAUGGUUUGGAUUUUCCCACUUUUUGCAGAUAUUUAUGGCCGAGUACUUACGGUAUUUGCAAAUACUCACAUUUUACUCAAUUUCAGGUUUUCUGCAAAUCAAUCUAUGCUGCUUCAAAACAGAAAUGCUUAGAGAUCUCCCUACAGGUUGCUCGAAAUUUUAAGUAACGAGGGCGGUUUAGACGAACAGCCCUUGAUAAAAAUAUGAUCAAUAGUUAAUCCACAAUGGCUUUUUCAUCUAAGGCAGUGUUACCAAAAACGUGUUUUAUAAUGGGGAGAGAUGCGACACAAACACUUCUCACUGAAAAUAUAUAUAUUUAAAUGGUAGAAAACUGCAGUUAAAUAGACUUUUGAUAAUAUGUGUGAGUUAUAUGUCGUGCAAAUGGUCUGAAAAAUUCAUACCUGUUUACUUCACAACUAAAAGGGCUAUAAUUUCAGGUUUCAUCGCAGAUGGUCAUCAUAACGAAAGUUUCAGAUCUGAACAUCACAUUUUUAAAAGCAGAUAUUACAAGUAGGGUGACCACACGUGCCAUUUUUCCUCCCGGGAUUUCUAUAUUGCCUAAAAUAUCUAGGUUUUGGCUUUGUUUGAGUGCAGACCCAUCGGCGUAUGACCUCGGUUCGUCAUGUUUUCAAAAAGCUCUGGAGGUACUUUGAAUCCAAGCAAUACAGAAAACCUGGCAAGGACACGUCCUGGAAAAAAGUCACGUAUUAAAAAGGCACGAUUGUUAGAAUUAUCACUUAUCAAAUUCAAAAACUUUGCCAACUACCGCUGUCCUCUCUUUCAUACAUUUUAAACGAUAAAAAAGUGGAAAAAAUAAAGAAAGAAAUAGCUCUGUAGGCAAUUUACCUGGUCACCCCUGCCAUAUCAACAACUUGACUUUUGUUGCCAAACUGUAAUUGAUAUGUCACAGAAAUGCAAAAAAAUAUAACAAUCGUUUUGUUGUAGGCCUAAUUCAUAUGUCCAUGCCAUGUAACAAUAAUCAAAAUAUGUUACAAAGGUUGUAGAAAAACACGGAAAAGUGUGUUUUCUGUUGUUCAUGUCACGUCCUGCAUUUUACACGAAUGCCACAAAAGUCACCUUAAUAAAUGCGUGACAUCGUGUCCAAUUUAUAUCUAAAACAACUUGCU